CACUAGUGACACUGAUCUAAUAUCACACAGCAGCGUUUGUUACAGUGCUGCUCAGCUGUGUAGAAGAAGAAAUAGACCUUUACAAGGCACCAGGAGUUGUGCAGUGUUUUUCAUCUGCAGAGAGAUGGAGUUGUAUGUAUCAACGCGUCAUCAUGUGGUUAAAGGGAAACCAUAUAAGCACGUGAAGAUGAGUCUGAUUGUUAACAUACCAGCUGAACUGCCAAGACAAAGAGUCUGAGAGGUUGCUCUAUACGUCUCACCACCAUGGAUUUCACAGAUGAGCCAUUUACAACUUCAAUAACCACAGAAGCUAAUUACAUUGGAACUGACACUUCUGACUACUCAGAAGAUUACGGUACAGGCCCGACCGACUUCACAGGCCUGUGUGACCGAAGCUGGGUCCGGCUGUUUCAUGGGCAGUAUGUACCCCCUCUCCUCACGAUCAUCUUCAUCCUCGGUGCCGUUGGUAACCUGAUGGUGGUUUGGAUCUACUCCACCGUGCGUCACCGCCUCAAAACCAUGACCGAUGUUUACCUGCUCAACCUGGCUGUGGCAGACCUCCUCUUCCUUUGCAUGCUGCCCUUCUGGGCCGUCGACGCCAUCAAGGGCUGGGACUUUGGCGUCUGUAUGUGCAAAAUGGUGUUCGCUGUCUACAAAAUCAACUUCUUCAGCAGCAUGUUCCUGCUCACCUGUAUUAGUGUGGACCGCUACAUUGCCAUCGUGCAAGUCAUCAAGGCGCAGAACCUGAAGAAGAAGAGGUUGUUCUACAGCAAACUUGCCUGCCUGGCUGUCUGGUUCCUCGCUAUUCUCCUGGCGCUCCCUGAGUUCAUCUUCGCCCAGGUGAGGAUGGACAAAAGAGGGCAGUCCUCCUGCUCUCUGGUCUACACGAACAACAACAACAACCAGACUAAGAUCCUGGUUCUGUCUCUGCAGAUCUGCAUGGGCUUCUUCUUUCCUCUUUUAAUCAUGGCCUUCUGUUACUCUGUCAUUAUUCACACUCUUCUGCAGGCCAGAAGCUUCGAAAAGCACAAGGCCCUACGCGUCAUUUUCGCUGUGGUGUUUGUGUUUGUCCUCUCUCAGCUGCCGUACAAUAGCCUGCUCAUAGUGCAAGCCUCGCAGGCAGCCAACACCACCAUCACUGACUGUAAAACUUACACGCAUUUUGAUGUAGCCGAGCAAGUUGCCAAGAGCCUCGCGUACACUCACGCCUGCCUGAACCCAUUCCUGUACGUGUUCAUCGGGGUUCGGUUCAGGCAAGACCUCUUCAGGCUUGUGAAGAUGUGUGCCGGUGGGAUGGGCAAAGGAGGGCACAGUAAGUUACAGGCAGUGCCCAAACGUCCUUCUGUCAUGUCGGACACAGAAACAACCCCUGCCCUUUCAAUAUAAAAGCCCAGUUCUUGCCCAUUUCACCUGAGACUGUAGCUUUCUUCAAAACUAUUUUGAUUUUGAUCCUCAUGCAUUACUUGUUACAAGCACUUCAACAGUUACAUUUUCAACUUUGAAAGGAAUAAAAAACGGUCUCCGUUAAUUACAUUCAUUACUCUGAAAUCACUGUGUAAACUGUAUUAUAUGUGUAAAUAGCAUUUUUUAAGUGUCUUUGUAUUCAAAAGUGUUCUCUCAUCUAUUUGUUGUGUUCUACUUGUACAUACAUAUAGAUCGUUGUUGUGAUUUUUUUUUUAUACAAAAAAGCAAUUAAAAAGGUAAAAUCCCAA